ACCCUGUAAAUCUCGUCACAGACAACAUGUACAAGCCAUGACCAAACCCACUCUCUAACCUUCAAUCUCUAACCUCUUGAACUGGCCUCUACGAACGCAAGCUUCUGCACGACUCCGAUCCAACCUCUUCCUCGAGCCCUCCAAGCUCCCUCGCGAUCUAUGAUCUGAACGCACAUUCCGAACUGCGAACCCUGAAGGCAACAAUGCCCGCCGCAGUAUAUUACCUGCCCGACGCCCCCUCCUCCAUCCUCCCUAACAUUCAAGCCACCCUCCGCGCCCUACACGCUCGUCUCCAUCAUUCGCGCUUCACCCUGGAACACCGCCUUUUCCGCUCCACGCCCGGCCCUUCCACCGCGCCGGCGCUGCUACACAUCCUCACCCUUGCACAUCGUUCGCAUACCCACCUCUAUGCGCAUCCCUCGGACUCUAGCAAUACUAGCGGCAAUAGAAACAGCAGCGACAGUGGAGGUGGACACAACAAUAGGGCCAGCGGUAACAUCAUUGCUAUCCCCACUACGCACGCAAACGAGUACCGCGAUUUACUCGUCGGCAAGAUGAGCGGGCUAUGGGCGCCGCGGUCCGCGCUCAGCGUGGCGGGCGGUGAGGUAUGGAGUCUUGGCAGCGCGGAUGCAGAUGGCGAUGUGGAUGCGGCCGCGUAUGUGAUGCGCAUUGGGGAGGUGCGGACGCUGGGUACGAAUGCGCAGCCGCGGGGCGUGAUUAUUGUUGUGGAAGAGGGCAUCGGGAUUGAGGGUGACGAAGAUGAAGAGGACGAAGCCUGGGAUAUAGAUGUGCAAGGAGGAGGUCCGGGUGGUGAGGAGGAGGAGGAGAUGGGGAAAAAGGUAGAGGUUGCGGCGGCGGCAAGUUUGAUGGGACUCCGCGAGGUGUGGGAGAAGAUUGGCGUGAAGGGGGCGAAGGAGACGGUGGGGAGGUUUGCAAGAGGAGAGAGGAGGCGGGAGGAAGCCGAGGUGAGGAUGUGGUGCGAGGUACUAAAGCUGAGAAACUGAUACGGG